GGACUAUAAAUUAGCUUCGGUGAGGUUUUUUUUUUUUCCCCACAGAAAACCUCUCUGACGGUCUUUGGCACGCGAGCGUUUGGUGCUGUUACGGAAGAUAUUCGUUUUUGUCUUAUUCAGCGUUUAAACUUUUUAUACGAAUUUUUAGAGUAUGUGUUUGAAGUGUUUAGUUUUUGAACGCAUUUCUAUGGAAGAACAAGGCAAUCAAAUCAUAGUUGAAAGUAAUUUCAACGAGAGGGACGCCUUCAGAGAAUCCUGAUCUCUCGCCUUUCAGGUCUCAGUUGCUACUGAAAAAGAAUUGGGUAGCCUUCAUCUGUCUUGUAUUCACCACAAAACACCAGCCAUUCGUUUGAUCUCUGCACUCCUGUAAUUUUUGCUGAAAUGGUUGGAUUUGGACCAGUCGAUAUGCCCCCCACCGCCACUGUGAAGUUUCUUGGGGCGGGUACAGCAGCCUGCAUCGCCGACCUCUUCACCUUUCCACUGGAUACAGCCAAAGUCAGGCUGCAGAUCCAGGGUGAAGUCAAGGCUGCGGCCGGUGACGUCAAGGUGACCAGGUACCACGGUGUCUUCGGCACCAUCACCACCAUGGUGCGUACCGAGGGGCCCAGGAGUCUGUACAAAGGGCUGGUGGCAGGGCUCCAGAGACAGAUGAGCUUCGCUUCCGUCCGUAUUGGGCUCUACGACUCCGUCAAACAGUUCUACACCAAGGGUUCUGAGCAUGUGGGGAUUGGCAGUCGCCUUCUGGCCGGCUGCACCACUGGAGCCAUGGCAGUUGCCGUGGCUCAGCCCACAGAUGUGGUGAAGGUCCGAUUCCAGGCCCAGGCCAGCAACACCGGACGGUACCAGAGCACCAUGCAUGCCUAUCGGACUAUUGCCAGGGAGGAAGGCAUCCGUGGACUGUGGAAAGGAACUGGGCCCAACAUUGCCCGCAAUGCUAUUGUGAACUGCACAGAGCUGGUGACUUACGAUCUCAUCAAAGAUGCCCUCCUGAAAGCCACCCCACUGACUGAUGACCUCCCCUGCCACUUUACAUCUGCAUUUGGAGCAGGCUUUUGCACCACCAUUAUUGCCUCCCCUGUGGAUGUGGUGAAGACAAGAUACAUGAACUCUGCCCAUGGCCAGUACCGCAGUGCCUUAAACUGUGCCCUCACAAUGCUCACAAAGGAGGGGCCCACUGCCUUCUACAAGGGGUUCAUGCCCUCUUUCCUGAGGCUGGGCUCCUGGAACGUGGUGAUGUUCGUCACCUAUGAGCAGCUGAAGCGCGCCAUGAUGAUGGCUCGCCACAACUGGGCCGCUCCUCUGUGAACAUUGCUAAGCGUUAUCCUCGCUACCCUUUCUCUACCUCUUCUGUAGCUUGUUUUUAAUGCUCUCGUUUCCUCCAGCUGCUUCAUAAAAGUGUGGGCCAAGGUCAAAUACAAGUUUUUAUUAUUAUUUAAAGAAGCCUUUAGCAAUAAAACCAUUGUGAAAACA